AGAUGAGCUCUGAAGUGUGAUUCCGAGGAGAAGAUCACCAUUCAUCCGGCUGCUGCAAUGGCAGCCUCAAAGGUUCCUCCACGAGCUCAUCAGUUUCAGCUCGUGGACGGCAUGCAACUCCAGAUUAAUGUAAGUGGAUCUUUGAAUGGACGCAACGUUAGAGUUGAGCUCCAGCUGAAGAAUUGCAACAGGACUUGGGUUCUUCACUGGGGUUUCACUUUCCCAGGCAACAGGAGCUGGUUCAUUCCUGGUGAUGGAUCAAACUCCUACAAGCCUGGUGCACUGCAGACCCCAUUUACUAAGGUACAGAGUGGAGAUUUAUAUGUGGUCAACAUCGAGCUGCUGGAUCCAAAGAUUCAAGCUAUUGAAUUUGUCUUGAAAGAUGGUAGCCGCGACAGAUGGUUGAAACUGAACAAUGGGAAUUUCAGAGUGGAGCUACCUGAACAUGAUGAAAAUGUUGUCACUCAGCAUAUACCAAAAGAUGUGAUUGACCGCAGGGCUUAUCAGAUCUGGGAAAGGAAGGGUAGGCCAAUGGGCUCACCGCAGCAACAGAAGCAAGAUUAUGAUGAUGCUUUAAGGGAGCUUCAAUUCCAGUUAUCCAGAGGAUUGGCUUUGGAUGAGCUACGGGGAAAUUCCAACACUGAAGUUUCCAGAACUCCGACUCUUACUAGAGAUCUGUCCAAGGAUCAAAUGGUAAAAUAUCUUUACCGCAGGAGACAUGAUGUGGGGCAGUGGUUGCAUAAGCCAAUGGGACGCAGCAAAAGUUUCAAUCGCCAAGUGUCCGCCUUGAUGGAUCUCGUGGAGAAACGUUACGGAGGAGGAGAUGAUGUGGUGUCUAGACAGAGCUAUUAUGCAGGCAACUGUGAGAUAGUGGUCCUUUUGAGAGUGAUUAGAGGUGAAGUUCAUGUUUUGGUGGCAAUGAACAUUAAAGGUUCCAUCGUUCUUCAUUGGGGGUUAUCCAAGUUGUCUUCGGUGGAGUGGUUGUACAAUGUGAAAACGUCUUGCAAGGCUCCUCCACCUGAUCUACUGCCUGAGAAAUCGAAACUUGUGCCGGGUGCUUGUCAGACAUAUUUCACUGAAGUAGCCACAUCAAAUGGGUUCUUUCAGGUUGUGGAUAUAAAUCUGCGGCAACAGAAGUUUGAGGGCAUUCAGUUUGUGAUAUGGACAGGCGGUUCAUGGAUAAAAAACAAUGGGGCAAACUUUUCUGUCAAUUUGAAGGCAAUCAAUGGCGGGGGAGAAGUGAAAGGCAGCAUGAACUGGUUACUUGAUGAGAUAGCUCAACGUGAAAAGGAGGCUGAGAGGUCCUUGAUGCACAGGUUUAGCAUUGCUACAGAACUAACAGAUCGCUGCAAGGGUGAAGGCGAGUUGGGUUUGAUUGGGAUAUUAGUGUGGCUGAGGUUCAUGGCCAGUAGGCAUCUCACCUGGAACAAGAAUUACAAUGUCAAACCUCGUGAAAUUAGUGAAGCCCAAGAUAAGUUCACGAACUUACUGCAAAGGAUCUAUUUGAACCAGCCGAGUGAGAGAGAGAUUGUGCGACUAAUUAUGUCAUGUGUUGGCCGUGGAGGCAAAGGUGAUGUUGGGCAGAGAAUACGUGACGAGAUACUUACUAUUCAGAGAAAUAAUGAGUGCAAAACUGGGAUGAUGGAGGAAUGGCACCAAAAGUUGCACAACAACAGCAGCCCGGAUGAUAUCAUCAUUUGUGAGGCACUCUUGAAUUAUGUAACCAGUGGUUUCAGAACUGAUGUUUACUGGCAAACACUGAAUGCCAAUGGGUUGACAAAAGAGAAGCUUGCCAGUUAUGACCGUCCAAUUACAUCAGAACCUCGUUUCAGAAGCGAUGCUAAAGACGGUCUCAUCCGAGACCUUACCAUGUAUUUGAAGACAUUAAAAGCUGUACACUCAGGUGCUGACCUUGAAUCUGCAAUUGAGAGCUGUUUGGGCCCUCUUUCCAAUGGGCACUACCGUGGAAGCCCAGACCGGAUUGCUUCUAUUGGUGGCCUAACACCAAAGCUACAGGACUCCUUGAACUUUGUCAGAUCCCAUGUUGCUGAUCAGAAUAUAGCUCCUCUGAUGGAGAAAUUACUGGAAUCUCGGAUUGAACUCCGCCCGUUCCUGUUAACAAGUCAUGGAAAAGCUAAAGACACUAUUUUUCUUGAUCUUGCUCUGGAUUCAACGGUCAGAACAACGUUGGAAAGGGCACUCAAAGAUCUGAGCUCUGUGCAACCUCCUGUAAGUACUCUAAUGCAUAUCCACAUAUACAUUUCGGUUGCGAAACGCCAGCUUUCAACUUCACAUUGCUUGAAAGGAAUUAAUAAAGGAGAAAAUAAGAAGUCAUCUUUGGUUUCUUGUCUCUGAAUAGGAAUUUGCAUUCUACAUUACUUUGGUGCUGGAAAAUUUAUGCCUUUCCACUGUCAAUAAUGAGGACCUCAUUUAUUCCAUGAAGGUACAUUUCGGUUACUGCCCCUAUCUCAGAUAUCCCUUGAAUUGCUUGAAUGAAGAGAUGAAUGUGUAUGUUCAAUUUUCCCAUUUUACAUUCCCCGUUAAUCGGAGCUUCAGUCAAGUCCACCCAGAAAACGAACCCGCUUUACACUCUAACCAUUAAUGGCUGCUUGUAUCUGUUCUAAGGUUCUUCCUUUAGUUUCUGGUACCACCUUGAUUACAAACACUAUGGCUAGCGCGUUGAUUGCAGCAUAAACAAGAAACGUACCAUAGGAGCUCCAGGACAUGAGGAAAUUGUAUGUGUAGGAAACUGCCCAUGCACCAAACCAGUUAACUAAGGUGGCUAAAGCUCCAGCUGCCCCUUUGAUGUUUAUUGGAAAUAUCUCGGACAUGAUGACCCAUGGAACAGCUCCCAUCCCUGCUGAAAAGGACCCAAUGUAUAACAGUAUGCCAGUUACCGCCAUCGCGGGAACAUAGUUCAGAGCCAAUUCAUAGACCUUUAGGUAGAAUGAAAGGCCUGUUAUCAAGCAGGCCAGCACCAAACCAGAUCCAGAAACCUGUAAAAGAGGCUUCCUUCCUGCUCUGUCAAUCACUUGUGUAAUUAACAGUGUCACUACAACCUGAAGAAU